AUGGGUAUUCCCGGGUAUCUAUCGACAUCAAUAUGGCAGUUCCAGGCGCAGGCGGCCAAGGGUGGCUCCAACCCGGCUACCCGAACGCUCUUCUACCGCCUCGUCCGCCUGCAAAGCCAUUCCAUCCAGCCUACCUUUGUAUUUGACGGCCCCAACAAGCCCACCAUGAAGCGCGGCCGCCGCACAAGUGGUAGCCGGGGUGGUGCCGUGUCCACAGCUAUAGCCAAGCGCCUCAUUCAUCUAUUCGGCUUCUACACCCAUGAUGCGCCAGGCGAGGCCGAGGCCGAGUGCGCCCUGCUGCAGCGAUGCGGCAUCGUUAACGCCGUGCUUAGCGAGGACGUCGAUACAAUUAUGUUUGGCUGCACGUGCACCUUGCGAAACUGGUCUGCCGAGAAGGAGGAGGGGAGCAGCAGUGGCCCACCCACGCAUGUUACCGUUUAUAAUUCGGCCGCUAUCGCACGCCCGGACGCCGCGGGCAUUGACGGCGAGGGAAUGGUGCUCGUUGCGCUGAUGAGCGGCGGUGACUACGAUCCGGACGGCAUCCCGGGCUGCGGCCCCAGGGUAGCGUGCCAAGCAGCUCGCGCCGGCUUCGGCAAAUCUCUCUGCAGGAUCAAGCGCUCCGACCCGCCAAGCGUCUUGGCCGCAUGGCGCGAAGAGCUCAGGCGGGAGCUGGCCGAUAACACUAAAGGCUUCUUCAGCAAACGAAACAAAAACAUAGCCGCCGCAAUACCCGACAACUUCCCCAAUAUGGAGGUCCUGGGCUACUAUAGGUACCCGAAUGUGUCCCAGGACGCUGUGCUUGAAAGUGUUAGAUGCUCCUUCCUUGGCACUACUGCUGGCGGUAAUAUGGAUCUUCAGGGCCUGCGAGACUUUGCUGCGCACACAUUUGACUGGAGUGGCAAAGAAGGCGCGACUAAAUUCAUCCAGGUGUUGGCCCCUAGUCUUUUGGUGCGGAAGAUGCUGCUGCCAUUGAAACCGAAUGGUUGUCUGGUGAAGGCAAUAUCUAAACGGCGCAUCAGCCACGCCAGCAGCGGCCGAAUUCACGAACUGCGCGUGUCGUUUCUGCCGUUAAGCGUUGUCGGUAUCGAUCUUAACGCGGAGCCAGAAAAGGUUCCAGGAAUACGCGGGUGCAGUGGGCUGGCUUUCAAUGGUGACGAGAAGUUCGAAGCCGAGGCGCCUAGCUCCACGCAGGGCGGCGGACCGAAAAAGGGAUUUGACCCAUGCAAGCCAAACCUAGUCUGGAUCCCCGAGUUUGUGGUUAGGCUUGGGGCUCCUGAGGCGCUGAGGAAUUGGGAAGUAGAGCAGAGGGCAAAAAAGGAGGCGGCACCGGCGCCAAAAACAACAAAAGCCAAAAGAGCAAAGGCCGCCCAGGAACCCAAUCACACCAUUGGUUCUGAGGCAUUACUCCGGUUGAUAAAAUAA